GUCAGAUCAAAAUCAUAAGCUGUCGGUUCUUCAAAGUCUCCGCAUGUUUGAAGCUUGAAAAAUGAUCCCCAGAAGAAGAGCGGUUCUUCUUUCUUUCAUUCUUUUUCUCAGCUUUUUCUUCAAGAGGUUUGCUGAAUCGAGGGUUGCUCAAGAAGAAGUGGAUGUUCUCCAACAAAUUUUUACUACCAUGGGUGCAAAAUAUUGGAAGUUCAAUGCGGAUUCUUGCGAAGUUGAAACUGUUGGGGUAACACGACAGCAGCUAAGUUGGUCCGAUAUCAGUGUUGAAUGUGACUGCAAUAAUGGGGAUAUUGAUUCCUGCCACAUUAUAAGCAUUGUGCUGAAGGGUCUCAGUCUUCCCGGAGUUCUUCCACCGCAACUGUCACAACUCCCUUAUAUCAAACACAUUGAUAUUGCUUACAAUUAUCUCAGUGGUACAAUACCUACUGAGUGGGCCUCAACAAAACUUAAUUUCAUCUCUGUGCUUGUGAAUCGGCUGUCGGGGGAAAUACCCAAAGCAUUGGGAAAUAUUACAAGCCUCAACUAUCUAAAUCUCGAGGGAAAUCAGUUUUCAGGUGUUAUUCCUUCUGAAAUUGGAAACUUGAUAAAUUUGAAAACCUUGAUGUUGUCCUCAAAUCGUUUGGUAGGGAGCUUACCCACAUCGUUUUCGGCGCUUGUAAAUUUGCAAGAUUUCCGGAUAAGUGACAACAAUUUUUCAGGUCCAAUUCCCAAUUUCAUACAGAACUGGAAACAACUUACAAGACUAGAGAUGCAGGCUAGUGGAUUAGAAGGACCCAUCCCACGAUUUUUAUCUCUUCUUGAAAACCUAACUAAUUUGAGGAUCAGUGACAUAAAUGGACCGAGUCAGGGAUUUCCUCUCCUGAGGAGGAGCACGGGCCUAAUUACAUUGAUAUUGAGGAACUGCAAUAUUUCUGGAGAAAUUCCUUCAUAUAUCUGGAACAUGAAAUACCUUCAACUCUUGGAUGUCAGUUUCAACAAGCUAGUUGGCGGAUUUCCAGAUUUUAUUAGUGCCAGAAGUGCUUUAAAGUUUCUGUUUUUAACUGGAAACAUCCUCAGCGGAAAUAUUCCAAAGUCAAUAUUAGUAGAUGGAAUAAACAUUGAUCUUUCCUAUAAUAACUUUACAUGGCAAGGUUUUGAUGAGCCUGCUUGUCAACCUGAUCCGAAUUUACAUCUGAACUUAUACAAGAGCUUUUCAAGAAAGGAGAACUCUUCCGUGUGCAGAGAAACUUGCUUGUCCUAGAUAUGUUUGUUCUAUAAAUGUAAAUUGUGGCGGAAAUGAUGUUACUCUUAAAGAAAGUGGCAACCGUGAAGUAGAAUAUGAGGGAGAUGCAGGAGUUGAAGGUGGUUCUGCUUCAAGAUAUUUCAUUAGCAGUGGAGGUAACGAUUGGGGAUUUAGCAGCACCGGUGACUUCAUGGAUGAUGGUGAUGUUCAGAACACACGUUUUGUUGUGUCGCAGCGAUCAACAAACCUCUCUGAAUUGUACAGUAGUGCACGGAUUUCUCCUCUUUCACUUACUUACUUUGGUUAUUGCUUGGAGAAUGGGAACUAUAAUGUGAGUCUUUACUUCGCGGAGAUUGUUUUCAGAAAUGACAGUACAUACCUGAGUCUUGGAAGGCGUGUAUUUGACAUUUACAUUCAGGUUAUUUAUUUAUUUAUAUCAACUACUAGUUAAAAUUG